AUGAGAGCUAAGUGGAGAAAGAAGCGCGUUCGUCGUUUGAAGCGUAAGCGCAGAAAGAUGCGUGCUCGCAGUGAUCAGUAUGUACUCUUUAACUGCUGGACUAUACUCGCAAUCAGCGUGUACAGAAAAUUGAUCGCCCCUCUAGUAACCACCCCCGGUGUGAACGUGCCCCAAAACCUUCAUUUAAAACCAUACCUCAAGGACCGAGCAGAUGGCUCUUUAUCAGGUCGCUCCACACGGAACAAGGGCAUUGUCUCGUCCGAACUACUCCUGCAGACUUCGGAGCAUCCAAAGAUGGAUUUCGUGGGUCGCGAGGCCGAAGACGACGCCGAUUCGCAGUUAAAGCAUUACAUCGCCGUUGUGGAUCCCGAAAAGAAAAGCUGGCAGUUUGUUGAGGUGCGGAAGGUGACUCUUCGUGGAGCAGUGAGGAGAACAAAGGCUGCUGCAGAUGAAGAGGAGGAGGUUGAGAGUGAAGAUGAGGAGAUGAAAACGAUGCGCGCUCAACGCACAGAACUCACCAAUACAUUCGGUACUAAGCAGUCCCGCAAAGCAGCGCAGUCCAUGGCCGAAAAUGCCCAACUCUCCAAUGCCCCCGCUGGUGCUGCCUCCGCCGCAGAAUCUGCUAUUCUUUCGUCCAUGCCCCUCGACUCCGCCACCGACAUUGCUACGAAGACCGCUGCGGUGCAGGCUCAAGUUCAAGCUAACAAACCACUGCCUCAAGCCAAUCUGGCAGCGUCUCAUCCUUCCGAUGUGUAUCCGAUUGAUGUGCUUGUUCCGGGAGGUCUGUCCACCCUCCAGCAGCUCCCGGGCACGAACGAGUGGCAGGAGACCGUGAACUCCGGAGAAGCCGUCGCCACCACCUCACGAUAUGUGUCUCGCCGGGUGGAAGCAGUCGUCAACUCAACUAAUGCCACCCAGCUUCAAGUUCUGCGUUUUAUCUUCCUCCUCCUCGAGCUUGCCCGCGCCCUCCGCUCGGGCAAGGACUCCAAAUCGUCCGGGCCAGGUAGCAAACGUCUUCCACCUCGCGAUGAACUUCGCCGCAUCCUCUCCUCCCCCACUGGCGCCAAAACCGACUCAGCCGAAACCCUCCCAGAUCCCGUCAUCGACGCCAUCCGCCGCAAAUUUGCCCCGCAGGGCACCCAUAUCACCAAGAACGAUAUCACCUUCCUGCACACCACCAUAUGCGCCCUAUCGCUGCACAUUCCCCCUCAGCCAGCCAAAGACGGCGGCUCCAGCUCUCUAGGUGGAAACGCCCCCAACGAACUAGCAACUGACCCGUCGGAUCUGCGCGACGAUCUGCGUUUGGAUAACACGGUCAUCACGCAAUAUUUCCGCGAGUUGGGUUGUCGCGUUGACAAGCCACGCGAAACGGAAUUCGCCAAAUGGGGUAUUAAGGGUGGUAAGGCCGAAGCCAAUGCUAGACGUGUGGCUAGAUUGAGGGUCCCCGUCGAGUUCCCCAAGGUUAGCCGUGGUGGAAAGAGGUAA